AUGUGUGGUAUUAAACGUUGUUGUAGAAAUUGUUGUCCAAACGGAUGUUGUGGAUUCUGCAAACCGCCUAAACAAGUCCAACAACAAGUUGAUACAUUAAUUCAUUUGAAAGAAGCAGUUACAGCAUCAGAGACACGUUAUGGCUUUAUUAAAUUCUAUCCGGGUGUUCGCACAGUAGAUAACAACUACACUUGUCCAAUGCUUGCUAUUCAUCUUUACCGUCAAGGAAAAUUUAACGCCAAUAUGGCUCAAGAUAAUCGUACAGUCACUUAUGCUGGACGAAAUCAUCAACAAACUCAUCAAGGUGAAAAACAGUUUAUAAGCACACAGAAUGCAAGUGCUGAAGAAGAGGUCAUCAUGGUUCCGCUUGAAGAUGUGAUACACAUCAGUUAUAAAGCAGAUGUUAAAAUAGGUAUGCAAGCUGAUAUCAAAUCACACGUUACUCCUGUGCAUGAACGUAGUGAGAAUUGUUGUGAUCGUUGCUGUGCUCCAAUAGUCAACUGUUGUCGUAAAACACGUGAUUGUUGUUGUUGUCAUUCCCGCCAAGAAGAAAACAAAGUUGCUCCUUUUGUUCAGAACACAACAACUAUCAUUAAUGCAAAUUCAAAUCGAAAUGAAGACUACGUAGAACAAGAUUUACCUCUUCCGAAGGUGAAAGAAAGUUGCUGGAGUAGGUGCUGUAAUCCAUGUCGUUGUUGGUGUUGUCGAAAGAAGAGAUUAGUCCGGCUCAUUAAAAGAACAAACACCAAAGCUGCACGACAGGCAGAACGUGUAAUAACAAUGACAAUUCAAUACAGCAAGUACAGUAAUCUUGACACAGCUUCGCAUACACGUUUACUCAGUAAUCAAGAUCAAUUAGAGUACUUUAAAGCAAAAUUUCAACCUGAUGCAGAGCUCGAAUUCUAUUUAAUCAACGACACAGAAUUCGAACCAAUGAAUUUUGAUGUGAAAAAGAAUGAAGCUGAAGUUCUAUGUCGAACAGUGAUGCAAUUAAAAGGAAUGAAAAAUCGAUAUCCAUCAGCAGAUGAAUUAGAUAAGAUUCUUGAUCAACCUCAACAGAGAAUAUUUGGCACAAUAUUUCAUGAACCUAUUUUACAACUUCCAUCAAAUGCCGAAAUACAAAGAGUGACUUAG